AUGGUCAGAGGUUCGCUCAGCAAACUCCUCUCCCGCUCUCUCUCCGUCGCCGGAAAAUGGCAGAACCAACAGCUCCGCCGCCUCAACAUCCACGAGUACCAGGGUGCUGAAUUGAUGAGCAAAUACGGAGUUAACGUUCCCAGGGGUGUGGCUGUUUCUUCAGUUGAAGAAACUAGAAAAGCCAUCAAGGAUGCAUUCCCCAAUCAAAGCGAGUUGGUGGUAAAGAGUCAAAUUUUAGCUGGUGGACGAGGCUUAGGAACUUUUAAAAGUGGCCUUAAGGGAGGAGUACACAUUGUUAAGACUGAACAGGUUGAAGACAUAGCUGGGAAGAUGCUUGGGCAGAUACUAGUUACAAAGCAGACAGGUCCUCAGGGAAAAAUCGUUAGCAAGGUUUACUUGUGUGAAAAGCUGUCACUUGUGAAUGAGAUGUACUUUGCUAUAACUCUGGAUCGUAAGACUGCUGGCCCACUUAUUAUUGCCUGUAGAAAGGGAGGAACGAGCAUUGAAGACCUUGCAGAGAAAUUUCCAGAUAUGAUUGUAAAGGUACCUGUUGAUGUUUUUGAAGGAAUUACUGAUGCAGAUGCUGCAAAGGUUGUUGAUGGUUUGGCUCCCAAAGUGGCUGAUAGAAAUCAAUCAAUUGAACAAGUGAAGAAUUUAUAUAAACUUUUUGUUGAUUCUGACUGCACCCUUUUAGAAAUCAAUCCCAUGGCAGAGACAGCUGAUAACCAACUAGUAGCUGCUGAUGCUAAAUUGAAUUUUGAUGAUAAUGCUGCAUAUCGUCAGAAAGAAAUAUUCACUCUCCGUGAUACAACACAAGAGGAUCCCCGAGAGGUGGCUGCUGCAAAGGCAGAUUUAAACUAUAUUGGGUUAGAUGGAGAAAUUGGCUGCAUGGUGAAUGGAGCAGGGUUAGCAAUGGCCACAAUGGAUAUAAUUAAGUUGCAUGGAGGUACUCCUGCCAAUUUUCUGGAUGUAGGUGGCAAUGCCUCUGAAGGCCAGGUUGUUGAAGCAUUUAAGAUAUUGACUGCUGACGACAAAGUGAAGGCAAUUUUGGUUAACAUCUUUGGUGGUAUAAUGAAGUGUGAUGUUAUAGCAAGUGGAAUAGUGAAUGCUGCAAAACAGGUUGCACUGAAAGUUCCAGUAAUUGUCCGUCUUGAAGGCACCAAUGUUGAUCAAGGGAAAAGAAUUUUGAAGGAAAGUGGCAUGGCAUUAAUAACAGCUGAAGAUUUGGAUGAUGCAGCUCAGAAAGCAGUGAAAGCAUACAAAUGA